AUGGUUGUUUAUGCCGCCACCAGGGUAUGCUUCUCCCGUCAAUAUGCGGUGGGGACUGUGAUCAGUGAAAUGGUCUUCGCGAGUAGCAGAUUUGACCCCAUAUACAAGAAGCCCUGUUUGCCCCUUGGCGCAAGGACAGAGAUUCACCUCUGUCAGCCGCUGUUUCGCUGAAUGCUUGAGACGUGCCGCCACUUCUGUGAAGCUUCUUUCGUCCUUCCUCCCCCCCCCCCACCCCUAGACGCUUUAACUGCCGAAUUCGACGCACGGUUCAUGAACACUGCUGCUGGGAUGCUAGAAUGCCCUCGGAAGUCUUCCGUACCAACCAAACAGCUGUGUUGCACGUGUGCUACCAGGGGUCUACCGUGCGUCAGCCACUGCGUCCUCGCCGAUAUCCCAUCGUCUCGGUCCACUCUUGCCGCAGUACGGGAAUAGGGAUACCGUGCGUGUGAGGAGGGUAGUGUUGGCACAGCGGUGGUGGUGGCGGCAGCGGUGGUGGUGGUAGUAGUGUGAAUAGGGAUACCGUGCGUGUGAGGAGACGGUAAUGUUGGUACAGCGCAAGUCGCCUUCUCUAUAAUCGAUAGUGGGCGGCGCUGUUGGUGGUGUUGGUGGCGGCUGAGGUGGUGAUCUUUUUUGGCCGUCACGUACAGUGGGUGGUGUGUUCACUAAAAUGUCAACUGAAAUUCCGCAAUCUGCCCACGAUUAGGAAGGGUUACUUAAGUGCGGUUGUAGUGGCUGAUUAUUCUGCAGCAGAAUUCCAAGGCAUUUCAGUCGCGCCCAGAUGCCGGCUUUUGCAUGCACUUCUUUCCGACCGCCUCCGAAAACCGCACUUUAAAAAUUGAUUUUUCUCAUGCAGUGCUACUUUUUUCGAUGCUUUUGUGAAUACAAGUACAUUUUGUAGAAAAAAUGAGCAAAAUAUUCAUUCUUGCCCUCACUUAGUCGAAAGUCGCGUCAUCUUAUUUUAUAUUUGAAGAAAGUUUAGCCACCAGUUUAAAAAGUACAUAAAUGCCGGGAUAAUUCUGAGCCCGACCUGCCGUCGCGCCUGCGUCUCCGAACCACAAGCUGCACACCUUCCAUCUAGGGAAAAUCAUGCAUUGUUCUGUGCCAUUAAGAAGAUGCCAUAUAAGGUUUUCUAAAAUUUUGCCAUGAAUAUGAACCAUGUCGCAUACCUUGAAAAAGCGUUACUAAACGGACGGAGACUGUCCUACCUGAAUGUAUCCUUCACGGUCUUAAAAAAUCUCAGGUGAAAAUUCUUAAAUCCGAAACAUGCCAUUUCUUUGAGCAUAAAAGUUAAGAAAGACAUGAUUUACCACCAAAGUAGUAUGAAUUCUAUAAAAGAUGCCUGUCUUAAUAUGGGAAUCGUAAAUCUUCGGAAAGAUCGUGCUACUUAAGUUGUCAUUUCUUUCAAGUGUGCUUUUCGCAGGCGGCCGGAGGGAUGCGCAUUCGAACUCCGACAUCCUAGCUUAACUUAAAUGUAUUUCUUCUAGUUGAAAAAAGCAUUUGUGAAAUUCGGAUACGUCAUCUACUGCACACACUGUUAAAAUCAUAAAUAAAUAAAAUUAAAAUCCGCACUCCGUCCAGUUGGCCAGCGCAGAUUCUCACCGACGGUAAGAAAAAUUCGCUCUCGGGGUGACAAAGAAGAUGGUCUAUUAGAUGGAAUGCCAACCCGAAUUCUGAUGUGUUCUCGGUCCGAAAAUACUACUUAUGUAGGGUUAUUGUACUUAUUAUCUUGCUGCAUAAUCCCAAGAUGCCACAGCCACGUCAAGAUGCUGGCUUUUGAAUGCAUUCCUUUUCGGCUGCCUAAAACUGCACUCGGUGAAAAAUGACUACUUAAGUGGUGUGGUUUUUUCUUCCGAUUUUUGAUGCUCUCGUCAAGUUAAAUACAUUCAUUUAUUUAAAUAUACCUUAUAGAAAACGUGCCCAAAAUAUCCUUGUGCUCACUUAGUGGCAAAUUAUGCCAAUUGGAAGGGUGUCCGUCGGUUUUUGUGAAAAGAAUUAUUCAUUUUCCGCAUAAUUUUGAACUCAGCCGGCCUUUGCACUUGCAUUAAUGGUCUCCUGUGUCAGGGAAAUCGUAUACUUCUGUACGCCCUUAAGGUGUAAUGUGCUGCCCAUAACAUUUUUCAACUGAUUGGGUUUGUGUUACAUGCUUUAUAAGCACCACAAACAAGUUGACAGAUACGAUAAUCUAUGAAUGGACAUCUCAUGGUCUUCAGUAAUCUUACAAUUGAAAACUUUUUAAAAAACUGAAAGAGGCCCUUCAGGUACAAAACUCGAAAAGGACGUAGUUUGCUAUCAAAUGAGUUCAAGAAAGUAUUUUUGUUCAUAUUUCAUUUAGGACAAUCGGAAAUCAAAUGAGAAAAUUCACACUACUUAAGUAGUUAUUUUUGCAAUGUGUCUCUUGCAGGCGGCUGGAAAGGGGCUCGUUUAAAAGUCGGCACCCUGACGUUGCGUCUAGUUGUACCACCACACCUACAGCAAUAGAUAUGGCUCCGCGCAGACCCAAUGCAGACCGAUUAAUGUGUGCUGCGGACCAUUCGAACUCACAUUUUGACUCGACGCGCAUGCAGCAUGGUCCUGCGAAUAUUCCCUACUGUGUUAGGGGGCGCUCACCGAUCGUUCAUACGGAACUCACUCGUUCCGUUGUGCCCUAAGGGCUCUCUCUCGAGCCCAACCAGCAGCCGCGCAGCGGCGCAUGAUAUAUAGGCAGAAUGAUAUUACCGACAAAGACAAGGGAGACUGGAAUGACCAUUUCUGGCUUAUUAGCCGUCGUCAGCCAGCCAUACCCAAGCCCGAAGUGUGGAACAACCGAGCCUCGAACUCGCGACCUGUUGGUUUAGAAGUCAACGCCUCUACUCACCGGGCCACGAGCCCGUUGCCCUGUCGGUUUUCGAUCGGGAAUAUACAAUGUUAGGGGGCGCUCACCGAUCGUUCAUACGGAACUCACUCGUUCCGUUGUGCCUUAAAGGCUCUCUCUCGAGCCCAACCAGCAGCCUACUGUAUGGCACGGUGUGACCGCCUCAGCCCGUCUUUAUUACAAUCCUGCUUUCUGCGAUCGUCCAAAGUUGCACUAACAUGUGCCUGGCGGUCAAUGAUAGGCAGUCCCAAGAUGACAUUUCCUCCAUCUCUUUUUGCUCUGCGUCCUAUAGAAUGUUCUCACAGCACUCUGAUUUCACAAUCGCAGGCGUUUGUUAAUUUGCACACACACCCCCUCACGGUUAUCUUAGCUUCCCCACAUCUGCACGGCUUUUCAAAGCUCCCUUACGUAGGAUUGCGCGCAAUUAGUGCUGAUUCUGGCGCCAUCAGUUGUGAUUUAGACUCCUUACCAACUCCUCUGUUUCUGUAAAUCUAGAUACUACUAGCAGAGAGGCUAGCGGCUGCUCGGGCCUUGCAGUCGGGCUGUCUUCCACAGAUCUUUUUCCGCCACACCUCUACCACCUCGGACACAGAUGCUCGACUCGGUUUGGCCGCCAACCGCCUCCUCUUCCAUGUGCCGCGUCUUCGAAAUCCCCUGCGUCGGGGCGAGGGUCUCGGGGGUGCGGUGGCCGGUCGGCUCUCCUACCUGCGUCGCUGCGUCACCGCGCUGGUGGACCAAGAACGCAUAGAGUUGCCCUGGCCCGUUGCCACGGAGACGCGGCAGUACUGCGAACGUCUGAUUCAGGAGGCUCUGCGGACAGAGCUGGUGACGGGUGAUUUGUCGAAGAUUAGCGACUUGGAGGAGCUCUUCGGCCCCCGCUGGCAACAGGCUCCGGAACUGAGCGCUUUCCUGGAGCUCUCGGCCUUUUGGCUGCAACGGCCAGAACUGAUCACAAAGAUGCUUAAGGUGUGACUCUCAAACAUUUCGAAUUUGUUUUGACCUGAUUUACACGCCUACUUUGCCGUGUCUCCCCAUUACUCGAAUUUCAGUCUUUGUGAUCAACAUCCAUCAACGGCAGUUGUCUGAUUGGGAAAACCAUUUUGCCUGCAAAAAAGUGACAAACUAUAUUCUGGACAGUUCGAUUCCGACAUUUUGACCGUCGUUGCCGACGAUGUCCACCGUGUGCUCCACCGAAAGCUGAAGCAUACAGGGUGACUUGCGUGUGAACUAGUUUAUAGUGAAUGUAGACUUGCGCAGCACCUACCACAUCCUCUCCUCCCCACUCCCCACCUGGACCCGGUGUCAAGACAGAGUCAAGAAGACCGGAGGCGGGGGAGAGCGCAGGUAGACGGCGCCGUCGAGCCUGCGCCUUGGCGUUCCACUCCAUACCCCCUGGUCCACGCAGCGAAUGGCCAGGUUUUUCGACCGACAACAACAGCACCCCAACAGAGGUCAGAAGGAUGAUUACGGCUGGGCAGCCAUGCCCACCACUUAUACCCAGCAAAAACGCAAGCGCAUUUACUGGCAAGGAACCAGGUGUCAGGGAUUGCCAGCGCAUACCAGGCUGCGAUGGCCGUUGUUUUCUGAUGCUGGCUUAUCACACGCUUGCGGACCUUUUGACCUAGAAGGGCGAUAUGUGGUCACGCACAUGGCCUGGACUGUCACCCUGCAAGGUUGAUUUACCAAACAGUCGUCGACUGAGAGGCACUACUCAUAAGACAGUUCGAUCCCACUCGAGUGCACGCUCACACCCUCAGCUCGUCCCACAUUUAGAGCUGGGGGAGCGCUCUCACCACUAGUUGGUGCACUGGUCGUUGUGGGGUAUGCGACCCCAAGAAAGCGGGCCUCUGGACGAACUGUGGCAAAGAAAAAGGAGGCUGUCCUGGCGAUAAUACCUGCGGAGAAUCUUUUGACAGUUCAACCAUUAGUUUCGACGGUGUCCAUCGUGUACACCGCACAGCAAGGUGAAAACGGGGACGGUGGCUUACGCCGGAAUUAGUUCAUAGUGAUAGUAGACUUGCGCCGCAUCUACCGCACUCUCUCCUCCUCCCCCACCUUAGCCCCGUGUCAAGACAGAGUGAAGAAGACCGGAGGUGGGGGGAGGGCGCAGGUGACUGGCACGGCGUAAACCCUCACCUAGGCGUACCACCCCCGGUCCACUUAACCAGCAUUUCAAACAACAAAUAAUGGGGGGACGGCGGAGACCUCAGUAAACGUAAACCCGCAACUGUGCCUGUCGGCAUUUGUCAUGGGUACGCAUUCCAAACGACGCUUAUCGUAAUCCGAUGUAGCCCCCGUGUCGGUCCAACGCAUCUACCAUGUCUACCGUUCUGGGGUGCACGGGGAAUCUCUUACUGGAGCAGUUUUCAGUUUCAGUUUAUUCAGUUUAUUUGAUAAGGAUGAUAGGCAAAGCCUUUGAAAACCCUAUUGAUAACAUGUCAACUCGUUAGAAAUAACUGUACAGUAACAAUGAAAAUGUUCGCUAUAUACAUAGUACUUGAUUCAUUUGAGUAGCAUUGUCACAGAGAAAAAAUAUGUGGGGAACCGGGGUGUUUAGCUCAGAUUUAGACUGUCGAGGGAAAACAGGGGACACAAAUAAUCAUCCAAGCGUUUCUUGAAGAGUUGCAGGGAUGUCGCCUCCACGACUGACUGAGGAAGAUCGUUCCAUUUCUCCACUACCCUUUGCGUGAAAAAUUCAGAACGAAGGUUCAGCCUGGACAUUGUUGUCCGUAGUUUCAUCGAGUGGCCACGAAGAUUGGGUGAAAGGUGCCACUGAAACAUGUCCUCAAAGUUAAGUCCAUGCUCAAGGCCAUUUAUUAUCUUGUAAACCAGGAUUAGAUCACCUCUUUGCUGCCUGUAACACAGAGGGAAUAGAUUAAGGCAAUUCAGUCUGUCCGUGUAGGAUUGGUUUUUUAGACCGUUUACCAUCUUUGUUGCCCUACGUUGCACCCGUUCGAGGCAUGCUUUGUCCUUUACAAGCCAUGGCCGCCAUGCUUGUAUGCCAUAUUCUAAGUGGGGCCGAACGAAGGUGCCGUAAACUCUCCCAAAAAGGUCUUGGUCAAAGGUAACGAACGCCCUUUUGAUUGCAUGCAUCACUCCCAUUGCGUUUUUUGCAGCCUUGUGGCACUGCAAUGUUGGUUUCAAAUUGUUCUGUAUCCAAACCCCAAGAUCCUUCUGUGAAGAUUCUGCGGGGAGUCUUAUAUCUUUCAGAUGAUAUGUCCUCAGGCUCUGAUUUGAAUGAGAGUUAGUUGGACGCAGAUGGAGGACGGCACACUUCUGCACAUUGAAGUCUAGAAGCCAUUUCUCCGACCAUGCUUGCAGUCGAUGAAGAUUGUUUUGGAGGGAUCUCUGGUCGUUAGGACUCUUAAUGACUUGCCAGAGCUUAACGUCGUCAGCAAACAUUAUUUUGCCACAAUCGAGUUCCUGAAGGCUGUCAUUAACAUAAAGGAGGAAUAGCAAUGGUCCCAGAACUGAGCCUUGAGGCACACCACUGGUCACGCUCACCCAUUCUGACAUAUCAUCACCGAUGCAAACACGUUGUUUCCGACCAACCAGAAACGCCCCUAUCCAGUUCAGAAGAUCUCCCCGGAUGCCGAUGGCGCUCAAUUUGUGAAGAAGGCGUUGGUGCGGGACAGUAUCGAAGGCUUUGCGAAAAUCGAUGUACACGACUUCAACUUCAAAACCCUCUUCUAGGGCCCUGGUCCAGAUCUCCAGACAAGCUAGUAGAUUUGAGAGGCAAGAACGUCCUCUCCGGAAGCCAUGCUGGAAAUCCUGCAAGAGGUUAUUUUCUUCACAAAAUUGCUGUAUGGCACUCUUUACUAGAGCUUCCAUCGUUUUGCACGAGAGGCAGGUUAGGCUAAUAGGCCUGAAACAGCUUGCUGCCAUCCUGCUACCGCCUUUAUGUAAGGGAACGAGGUUAGCUGUCUUCCACUGUGAUGGCAGCCUUCCUGUUCUCAUUGACAGCUCAAAGAGCGUCGAAAGAGGCUUCGCCAGCUCCUUUGAUAGCUCCUUAAGUAUCAGACCAGGAAUUCCGUCGGGUCCAGGCACAUAUUCGUGUAGUUCCUGGCGCUUUCACUUCAUCCUUAAACCUGGUUGGAACUGGCGUCAGGAGACCUCCGUAGACGCUGACCACCUGGGGGCCGGGACCAGUGCGUCUGUACAGGAGGGCGCACUAUCAGCUGCCAGAUAGCCGCCGUUCGACAGGGUUGUAUCCUGCCACCCAUUCUGUUCAACUAUGCUAUGGACUGGAUCCUCGGGAGGUCUCUAUACGAGGGUGACGGCUUUGAGUUUGCAUCCGGACACCGACUGACUGAUCUCGACUAUGCCGAUGAUAUCGACUUACUUGCUCCAAAUUUUGGUGAUCUGCAGUCUGCGGUGUCACGGGUGAACGAGGUCGCUAAAUCGGUCUGUUUAUCCAUAAACGCUGGGAAGACUAAAGCGUCUUCAAGCUGCAUCCCUGACCAGGAGAAGGCACCCCUCGGGAUUGAUGGCUUUCAACUGGAAGAAGUGGACAGUUUUAAAUAUCUCGGGGCGAGGCUGCUGCCGAAUGGACAGUGUAAGGACGACAUCGUCGCCCGAAUCGAUGCUGCCCGUUGGAUUUUCUCAAGCCUUCGGAAAUGCCUAUAGAUCCGACGCGACCUCUCCAUCGCCUCUAAGAUUCGCGUGUACCGUGCUUCUGUCCGGUCUGUCCUUUUCUAUGGUUGUGAAUGCUGGGCUUUGCGUGUGGAAGACGAGCGAAAACUUGAGAUAUUUGACCAUGACUGCUUGAGGACCAUCCUUUGAGUGAAGUUCACCGACUUCGUCUCAAAUGGGACAGUCCGCGCUCGCUGCGACAACAUCGCAAGGAUAACUCAGGCCAUCCAAGAAAGACGACUAAGGUGGUUUGGGCAUGUUCUUCAUCGUCCACCUCAGAAGCUCAGUGUUACUGCCCUCGAUAUGGCACCGUUGCCCCAUUGGAGGCGUCGAAGAGGGGGUCAGUUCAAAACCUGGCUCGACACAGAUCGUCAAGACAUGGAGGUGGUUCUUGGACCUUCGGUAUUCGGUCUCCGUCGUUGGCGAAGGGAAUGGAUUGGACUGUCCAUAUCUGCUGCCGCGGAUCGUCACGCAUGGAGAGGUACAGUUCGGGAUAUCAUCGAGGCCGGCUAGAUCAGGCAUGAUCGCGGCCGUACCAAGUACAAGUAAGUAACCGCCGUAGCGAAAGCCAACCAACAAGAUAUCACAAUCAACGGGACUGCUUUCAACAAUGAGCAGCCCAUGUCGGCCGGUGUACGUGCAACGCCCGCGACUGCAGUGCGAGACACAUCGGAUGGAGAGUUCGGUGUGGCAACUGUAAAGCCUUGGGUCCAAGUACGCUGUCCCCUUCCAUCAGUUGCAUUUGUCACAGUCCCACUGUGGAGUCUGUCCCGUCCGGUCGAUAUCGCUUUAGGCUGUCGCCACCUCCCCCCCCCCCUUGCGGUGGUGCGAAUAAGGUUCUAAUUUUGGGGAUUUAUCAUGCAAACUCGCCUUAGCAAAUCGAAACAGGUAGGCUCGGUUUACUGGAAGCGGUCUAGCUAAGAUACCCCCUUUAAAGAGGAAGUCUAAUCAAUUCAAUUCACUGGUGCUGUUCAGACUCAAAAUUCCAACAUUCCCCCCUUCCAAGGCGUGCAUUCUAACUAUCAUAGCUUCCCGCGUAUUCCAGGUUCUGGUGCCACGUUACCGAUUCUACAACCGCCCCUUCACUCAACUCUACCGACUCCAACGGCCUCCCUACCCCGACAAGUUUGCCUACAUUGCGCAGGGCUUUGGUGUCCUCGAACUGCAUGGGAACCCCUGGCCGCCGAUUGGUGCUCCCCACCUGCCCAAACCGGUCGCCGCCGCCGCCGCCACCGGCUCCCCUAUCUCCACGCAGCCCUUCAAGGAGAAGUACUUUAUCAAUAUCCUGGUGAAUGCAGCACGCCAGGCCAACGCCCAAUCAAAACGGCGCUCCAAUUCGCACUCGUAA